GUUUGGUUAGCGAGGGCCACGGGGGGGACGGCAGGUAAAUGGAACCCAAAUUUAUGAUUAUUUAUUAGUAAAAAGAAGGGGAAAUUUCACUUUUGGAUAUUUAGAAAGUGUAAUGGCAUGAAAAAAUAACAUUCGCUAUUUAUCAACAUAACGCGACGGGUCUCUAGUUAACUGUAGUAGUGUCAAGUGAUUUUCGCUUACAAGUUACAUAAAAGGAGAAUAGUGAAGCGGCACGAUGGGUUCUUGGCCGGCUGACGUUGGUAUUAUCGCCCUGGAAAUCAUUUUCCCUUCCCAGUAUGUCGAUCAAACUGAACUGGAACAAUUUGAUGGGGUGUCUGCUGGAAAAUACACUGUGGGCCUGGGACAACAAAGAAUGGGAUUCUGUAAUGACCGGGAAGACAUAAAUUCUUUAUGCCUCACGGUCGUUCAAAAUCUGAUGCAACGGUACAAUAUUAGUCCCAAAGAAAUUGGAAGAUUAGAAGUUGGAACUGAAACAAUCAUUGAUAAGUCAAAAAGUGUAAAAACUGUGCUGAUGCAACUCUUUGAACCCUAUGGUGUGACAGAUAUAGAAGGUAUUGACACUACUAAUGCUUGUUUUGGGGGUACUGCAGCACUUUUUAAUGCCAUUUCCUGGGUGGAGUCUUCAGCAUGGAAUGGAAGAUAUGCUUUGGUUGUAGCAGGUGAUAUCGCUGUUUAUGCCAAAGGACCAGCAAGACCAACUGGAGGCACUGGGGCAGUGGCCAUGCUUAUUGGACCAAAUGCUCCUUUAGUAUUUGAUAGGGGUCUCAGAGGUUGUUUUUUCAAGCAUGCUUAUGAUUUCUACAAACCAGAUUUGACUUCUGAGUAUCCGGUAGUGGAUGGGAAGCUUUCUGUCCAAUGCUAUUUGGAAGCACUGGAUUCUUGUUACCAACUUUAUUGUCAGAAAGCAGAAAAAUUGAUGCAGAAAAGUGUGACUAUUAAUUCUUUUGAUGGCAUUUUAUUUCAUACUCCUUAUUGUAAGUUAGUUCAAAAAUCUGUAGGUAGGUUAGCAUUGAAUGAUUUUGUGAAAACUUCUGCUGACAAAAAGAAAUCGCAAUAUCCAGGCUUCGAAGCUUUUGAAAAUGUCAAGUUGCAAGAUUCUUAUUUUGACAGGGAUGUAGAAAAAGCAUUUUUGAAUGUCAGCAAGGAAUGUUUCGAUAAAAAGACCAAACCAUCUCUGCUAGUAGCAACAAAUGUAGGCAACAUGUACACCUCAUCACUUUAUGGGGGUUUAGUAUCUUAUAUUGUAUCAAAGAAUAUGUCUGAAUUAGAAAAUAAUAGGGUGGCUCUCUUUUCUUAUGGUUCUGGUUUGGCUUCUUCAUUCUAUUCACUUACAAUCAAACCAUCUUCUGCCUUAAAAACCCUUAAGGAUAAUUUAAAUUAUGUAAAACCAUUAUUAGAAAAAAGAAUUAAAAUUGCCCCUGAAAAGUUUGAAGCCACUUUAGAAUUAAGACAGCAUAGUGCACACAAAGUUCCUUAUGAUCCUGUAGGAGACAGAAGCCACUUCUUCCCUGGCACUUAUUAUUUAUCUAAAGUUGACGAUAAGCAUAGGAGAUUUUAUGAUAAAAUUCCUGGAUCAGUUCAUUUGACCAAUGGAAACUCUUACUCAUGAGGGUACUUUUGAACAUAGUAGUAUAUUGAUUUAUGUAGUGUAAUUAAAACAUGUAUGUAGCAAAAAAAUUCCCUUUUUAUGCUACAUGAAUGUUUAGGGCAUACCUACCAAAGUCAUGGUUUGAUUGCAAAAGUAAAUUCAAGGGUCAAGUUCAAUGUCUGUAAUGUUACGGUAAAAUAGUGAAUGAUUAUUGAUGACAUGUAGAUUAGUUUAAUUGAAAAUGGAAAUAUUGAAAACCAUGUUUGGUUGGUAUAAGUAUAUUUUUAAACAGUACAGGGAUUGAAUAAGCUUUUCUCUUGGGUCAAUUUGAAAGCUUUAUAUGUAAAUUAUUUAAUCUAAUUUACACUGGUAUUAAUAUUUUUAUACACUAUAUAAGAGUAAUGAAGGAGGAAAAUGAUAAUAAUGUUAAGAAAUUUUUUUUUGAGUUAAACUGUUGUUUCUGUCAGAUAUGUACAAUAUUUAGUGCCAGUAUUUGAUCUUUUUAUUUAUUAUUAGCAUGACAAUAUAAGUAUUUGCUGAUUUA